GUUUUUUCUGAUGGCCAAGCGGGCACAACAGCUACCCCUCAUUCUGUUUGAGCCGCCAAAGCCAUCAUGAUGAUGAUAUAAAAGCAAUAUACAGCAUAUUUCCCCGUCGAUAAAUCAAUAUACAAAACUCCCAGUUCGCUCAAUCCACAAACCACCACCACCAUCAUGGCCUCUUUCCCCGCCUCCUACGACGCGUCCUCCCCCAACGAAGUUGCUCCGCCGCUGCCCUCGGCCCCGGCCAUCGCCAUCGGCCCCUCCUCCGUGCUCCAGCCGCCGCUCUCCCGCCGCGGCGCCGGCCCAGGCCUCAUCGCCAUCCUCCCCAGCAGCUCCUCCGUCGCGCCACGGCCCGCCACCGUGCAGAAGCCACUGGACCCGGAGCCGCUGCAGAAAUGGGCCGAGGAGGGCUUCGCCGUCGUGGCCAUCACGCUGCCGGCCAACGAGAUGGAGGAGCUCACCGGCGACGACGCCACCGUCUCGGACGUGGUGAACCAGAUCAGAGAGGGCGUCGAGGCGCUGAGGGCGCAUGACAAGGUCGACACAAAGGACAGGUUCGGCCUCAUCAUCUACGACGAGGUCAUCGUGCCGUCGCUGCUGCUCGACGCCGAGCGCCUGCAGCAGCAUGGCAUCGCCGGCAUCGUCACCUUCUCCGAAAGCGCCCCUGACAGCACCGCCGCCUCCAUCCUCCCGCUGCUCUCUCACACCAGCAUCCCUCCACCACCACCCAGCUUUGAGGAAGAAGACGGCGGCAAAAGCCCCGAAGACGUCAAGGUGCACUCUUACCCGGGCACGACGCCUCACUUUGUCCUGCCGUCUGCGGCGGCCUACGACAACGCUUCUGCCAGCAUGGCGCACACGCGGAGCUUGGUGUUCCUGCGGAAGCAUCUCGGCGGCCCUCACUUUGAUCUCGAGGCCAUCUGGGAAGAACACUGCUACUGGGAGUUUGUGGGACGAAGCGUUGCCAAAACCAUGGCCACCAUGGUGGCGGAGCCAUAUGUGAACCAUGUUCCUACCAUGACGGGAGGUGUUGGUCGCGAGAAACUAACCGCCUUCUACCGCGACCACUUCAUCUUCUGCAACCCCCCGGACACGACUCUCAAGACAGUCUCCCGCACCAUCGGCCCAGAUCGCAUCGUCGACGAAUUCAUCUUCUGCUGCACACACACAACCGAAAUCCCCGCCCUCAUCCCCAAAAUCGCCCCGACCAACAAGCCUCUUGCCAUCCCCACCGUCGGCAUCAUCAACAUCCGCGGCGACCGGCUCUACCACGAGCACAUCCUGUGGGACCAGGCCACCGUGCUGCGCCAGCUGGGUAUUUUGCCCACGCAUCUUCCCUACGAGGGCGUUUCGAUCAAGCUGCCGGUUGGUGGUGCCGAGACCGCGCGGUUGCUGCUCGACGAGCGGGAUGGGAAGAGCAAUGAGAUGAUUGAAGGCUGAAAAACAACGAAGGGAAAAAAA